AUGGAAGUCUCUUUGGAAGAGGUCAUAUGGGGCUCCCUCCGGGACUGGGGCGAUGCAUUUGACAGCUCCUCCACUGUGCCCGGUCUGAUUGAUAGUGAGGAGGCAAUUUCAGAUCCCCCCGGUAGUGCUUGGCAUCGAACUGAAGGCUUUCACUUGCAGCAAGUCGAUGUGGUCGAAGCAAAGUGCAUGGAACUGCAGAGUUAUCUGAGAGCUUCUUCUGCAAAUCUCCCUGAAGGAUUCAUUGAGCGUCAUAUUACACGCCAUAACCUUGUUGAGUUUAUAGAGCUCUACGGAAAGCAUUACCACCCUAUUAUGCCUAUCCUCCAUCUGUCGACGUUUUAUCUCACUACCACCCAGCCGGUCCUUCUUGUGGCCAUAUUACUAGUGGGGGCCUGUCACCCCGAGGACUUGAUCCCAGAGGCCGCCAUUGUACAGUACGCGAUUCACGUUUUACUUCUCAUUAAAGAUCUACCCUUAAGUUGA